UUUAGUUGUGCAUAAAAAUGGCGACCCCCGUACAGAAAGUCUUCCAGUCUGCGUAUAAGUUGUUUUCAAGAGUGACAGUGGGGUCAAGUAGCUUUAAUGAACAUCUUCGGGAAGUCACAGUGUUGGCUUCAAAAUUAACAGCAACCGAUGUAAACUUUAGUUUUCAUGACGACCCGGAAACCCAACGUCAAGUUGAGCAAGGCAAUGUGGCCCCAGCAGUUUAUGUACAUCUGUGGGAAGAUCGUGUACUAUCAAUGGGGAUCUUUGUCGUCCGACAAGGCUGUCGUAUUCCUCUCCACAACCACCCCGACAUGCACGGCAUCUGUAAGGUCAUUCAAGGCACUGUACGCGUAAACAGUUUCACACCAAUGUCUCCAGUUGGUCUCGACAUACCAAAACACAUAAGUCAGAAUGCAAAACAAUCGCUACUACCCUUACUAAGGAAAAAAGAACAAUCGCAAUUUUCACCUGUGACAACGCACUCGAGCAUCACUCUGACAAAAGACGAUCCUGCUUGUGUGUUGUCGCCCUCAGCUGGGAACAUCCACGAGAUGGUGUCGGUGGAUGGUCCAGUAGCGUUUAUCGACAUUCUGGCUCCUCCAUAUGACCAUACGACUGGUGAAAGGGUAUGUCAGUAUUACCAGGAAAACAGUUCGGAAGAUGGCACGUCCAACAGUUCCAACGGACAGGUCCAUUGGUUUCGGUGUGUCCCUCCUCCAAACAGCUUCUGGUGUGACACUAUGGAUUACACAGGACCUUCUCUGAAUAUUCCAUGACACAUUUGAUAGUUUAAGUCUCGAAUAUAUCUUUCUAGUACAGACAUAUACCAUUCAUAGCUAGCUAGCUACCUAUACAACCAGAGAGUUAGAUAAGUGUUUUACAAUCUCCUUUUCAUCAGGAAUGCUGCCUACUUGAUUAAAUUGUGUUACUCAGGAAUUCCUCAAUGAAUAAUGCUGUAAUUGGAUGACAUUUAAAUUUUGUUGUGAGUGAAACUCUAGACUUUAUUAUGGUAUGAAUAGCCUGAAUUUUCUCAAAUGCCGAAAUGGGGAAAACAUGAACAGUUGACUUAUAGGCCUAGUUCAGAGAGCUGUAAGUAAAGAAAGAAUCCAUCCACCUCAAAACCUAACCCGAGUUUCCUCUAGCCCUAGCACCAUGUCUGGUGUACACCAGUCCUUCAGUCAUCGUUUAUCUACACCAGACAUGGUGUCAGGGCCAGCCUGAGUUUCCUCUGGCCCUAGCACCAUGUCUGGUGUACACCAGUCCUUCAGUCAUCGUUUAUCUACACCAGACAUGGUGUCAGGGCCAGCCCGAGUUUCCUCUGGCCCUAGCACCAUGUCUGGUGUUGGGGCCAGAGGAAACUCGGGCUAUUCAAAACCCUUACAUUUCCGUGGUUAUAACCAAAGAGAAUUGUAAAUGUUUCAGUUUGAACAUAUGAAAUAACAAUCAAUCAUGUUUACUGAUAUUAAAACAUCUACUACAGAGUUCAUUUUUUGUAUGGUUCAUAUCAAUGGUUUAUUGCUUUAUAGAUAAGAUUAGCGAAACUGGUUGUUGAUGUACACAAUACUGACAGAUAUAAUUGUUCCAGAUAGUAUAACAGUAAACACCUCCUACGUUUGAGAAUGAUAUUGUCAUCCAUGUAUCAUUGAACAUGUGUAUUUUAGUACCUCUUAAUUUUGAUAUGAUUUAGGAAAGAGUAUAAAAUAAGUCCAAAUGAUGUUGUUAAUAAAAAAUUAAAAUCUGCUUAUCAUAGCACAUAUAUGUAUGUAAACUUCUCAUUUUUUUUUAUUUAGUGUAUUCACUAUUAAAAAUCACAAAGUAAAUGCAAUAAGUAUUGUAUGUAAUGUAUAUGACUUCAUUUGUACAAAGAAAAAUUAUUUUGGAAAGUUUUGAAUGAUUUUAGCAAGUUGUUUUAAAAUUUUAGCGAGUCCUAUACUGUUUGAUAACCCUGCUUGUGUUUAUCAAUCAUAGGUUUGUUUUAUAAUAAUUGAAUAUGCCUCAUCCCAAGUUGUUAUAACACAAUGAUAGUGACCAGGGCCCAGUUGUUCAAAAUGUCACUGUGAUUAGCUUAAUUACUUUCUUAGUAAAUAUAUCUCCUUUACUUCAAAACCUGAGUGUGUGUAUUCUUAAAAUAGCCAGGUAGGAAGAAACUGACGAGUGUUAUAAUUUCAAAAUUUUUUGUCAUGUUAGUUUUAAGAAUCUUAAAAUUGUUGUAUCUGUGAUUAGCCUAAUAACCUUUUGAACAACUUGGCCAUGAUGGUAUUCUAUAAAUUGCAAAGUUUGCUUUGUAGAUAUUUUUUGUCAAGUGAUGUUGAUUUUUGUUCCUUAAUAAAGUGAUCUGUGAUAA